UUCGGAUGCAACGGUCUGCAUUCGUACUUCAUUACUACAUAAACUGAUAGCUUAUAUUUACAUACAUGUACAUUUUUAUAUUCUAGUUACAAUAUAGCUGAGUCACUGUUGUGCAUUUGGCCCUUAUGCGUGACCGUACUCUUCACUGAUCACAUGAUUUGUAUGUUCCCGCUAAGCCCGAUGUGCGUCUAGCAUGUGGUCGAACUUAUUCGUUUCAGGAGAACAGUGAACAACAACCACGGGCAUGUGACAGGGCCAAUUGAGACGUGAUACAAAGCUAAGACAACAGCCGCGAUAAACUUUCGUUCGGAUUAAACAGCGGCAUGGAUAAAGAGGGCGAACCACUGAUUAAUCGCAGAGUGGAAGAGUUGACACAGCAGAGAUUUGAUGGGAUUUGUCAGCCAUGCCUUGCGGAAUUUAUUGGCACGUGUAUGUUUGUCUUUAUUGGAUGUAUGUCGGUGCAGGACCCGCUGGGCCCCGCCUCAAAGGACAACGCACCUAAUGCAGGGGCAGUAGCCGUGGCUCAUGGAUUUACCAUAGCCCUGUUGGCUGUGGCGUUUGGAGGCAUAAGUGGAGGUCAUUUUAACCCGGCGGUCACGUUAGGCGUGUGGAUUGCGGGCGGAAUCAAACCAGGUCUUGCAUUAGUCUACAUGGUCGUCCAGUUUAUAGGCGCCGUCCUGGGAGCGGGCCUUUGCAGGGGUGUUUUGACAGAACAUGUAUACGUCGAUGUAAUCCGUGGGGGCGCCCAUACUCUGGGACCUGAUGUCAGUCCUGCGCAGGGCAUUUUGGCCGAGGCGGUGAUGACCUUGCUUCUCGUCCUGACCUUCAUUCUGUCUGCGGUGGACGAGCAGACGAAGUCACCAUUGGCGCCACUGGCGAUUGGCUUUGCAGUGACGUGUGACAUUUUAGCAGGGUUAAGUACAACUGGUGCGUCCAUGAACCCGGCGAGAAGUGCCGGUCCGGCCAUAGCUCUUACCGUGUACGACUCGAGCGUCUGGAAGUACCAUUAUGUCUACUGGGCGGGACCGGUCAUUGGUGCCACGUUAGCCGGGAUCUUGUACAGGCUCUUCUUUGCAUCUUCGGACAAGCGAUUUAUCUUGCAGAAAUGAGUGUAUCGUAGUAAAAAAAAAAAAAAAAAAACGCAACAACUGAACAGACUAAUAAAUUAACACAAAUACUUUUAUUAUUAUUGAACUAACAUUUGGUUUUCGUAUCCUUUUUCGCCGAUUCAUGACCGUUUUGGUGGCAUGGCGCUGAUUUGUAUCUAUCUCAUUGUGCUUCUCGCUAAAUUGUUAAUCCUAGAACGUCCUUACCCUGGAUGACAUGAGAGCGGUUAUUCUAGAACGUCCAUAUACCCCUCGAACGAUGUAAUAUUUAGCGUUAAUUCCAGUGCGUUCAAGCCAAUAAUGACAUAACAGCGUUAAUUCUAGAACAUCAGUACACUGCAUACCCGGAAUGACGUAAUAGCGUCGUCGCCCGUUCUAGCAAUGUUGAGUGAUACGAUUUGACAUUUUAUGUCUUUCACUGGUGCGUAUGAAAGGAAAGGGUGGCAAUAAAAUAAUGAAGUAUAUGUUUUGACGUCACAAUGCUGAUUUGUGUCCUAAUAUGCUUCUGGUUGAAUCGUGUGGGAUAUCUACGUUAAGGCGAUUAUCGCUCGAUUCGGCGAUCAUUGCCCGUUUCGGCGAUUAUUGCCCGAUUCGGGUAUUGUUGCUUGUUCUAGCAAUGUUAAGUGAUACGAUUGUAGAUGAGUAUUCUUCUAUCCCUCUCCAUACCACAAUACCCUCGGAGACUGUGAAGGUCCUGGCAAAAAUUAAUUUCUUUCUUUUUUUUACUUCAAUGAUGACACAUAAAAAUUAAAUAAGACAUCAAGGUACAAAUGCAUGUAAUGAAUCGGUGCAUCCUCAUCCUUUUAAAAUAUUUCUAGACUGACACAGAGAAAAAAAAGACAUUACGUUUAAAUCAGUAUUGGACUAAUCCUAAUACAGAUUUGUGUAGUCCAUCUGAUCAUGUGUUUAUAAAACUACAUGAAAGCGAACAAAAUGCCAAAAAUAUCACGAGUGUCAAAUGGCUCCAAUCAUUGGCCACUUUGUGAUGUUGCUUCCCUUCCAAUGACGUGCAUUGUUACCGGUCUCAUUAAUAAAGAGAAAUGAAAUGGGCUAGAAUUUCGGCUGACUUGGGACGUAUAAGCAAGCGAGUAGCGUUUAUUUUUCAGCUCUGACGUCAAAUCGGUCAUGAAUUGAUUACAAGGAGACAGAUUAAGUGGUAGAACUGAUAUUUAACUAUGUAUACAGGUUGUAGUUAUAUUAUUUAUGUGCUAGCAUGCGUACAUGUCCGUUUGUAACAAAUGUACCUAAAUAUGCAUUUAUUAUGUUUAUAUAUAUAUAUAUAUACACAUAUACAUGUAUUUAAAUUAAUGUGUACUCAUCAG